GUUCCUUUCAUCAGGAGAUUGAGGUCGGGAGUUUCAGACUACGUUCGGAAACAUGCUCCAGAUUACUGUACUGUGCAGUGCAUAUCGAAAUCCUCGAAAUUGGCGUCAUUCAGGAAUGCUUCACCACCGCACUCAUUCCCUCGUACAAAUUCAUCUCCUGCUCGUCCGAGUGUGGCGGACAAAUUCAUUUUCCCCUUAUCUCCGUCUCCAUCCUCUAGCUGGCUGGAAGCUGACGCUUUGAAUCGCGAAAUUCUCAUGGUAUCGACCUCUCCGCUGAAAAGUCACCUAUCAAUGCGAAGCAGUGACAGUAAGGAUGAGAUCGCUGAAGGAAGCUACCAACCUCAAACGCCGGAACUAAAAGUUGUGCCACCAGCCUUUCGCACUGAAGAAGAAUUCGCAGAGUCUUCGCCCAGUAGUAUCAUCAGCGAGCCCCUGCCUGCGGAUCCCAAGGUUAGAUUUACAAGAACAGCAUUUUGUUCUGACUCUCUCGUGCAGGCUGGAGAUCUGGAGCAAAUAAACAUGCUCAAGCAGCAGUUACAAAAUGCCAUCGUGGCUGCAAACAAAGCAAAAGAAUCUGCCGACGCUGAAACACUACGGAGCCAGGAAGCUCGCGAGAACGCUGAUUGGGCUUUAAAACGGGUAAACUGGAGAUGCUAUCGUCAAAAGUCUUACGAUUUCAUGGCAUUCCAGGCGGAAAUAUUGAUGCGAGCGGUCGAGGAGGACAAUCAGCGAGAGUAUAACGCAGCAAAGAAAUUAGAUGAGGAAUCGCAGAAGCGUGCUGAAGCUCUCACGCUUGUCAACUCGAUGAAAAAAGCACUGGUGGACGAAAUCCGGAGAAGGAAGGAAAUGGAAAACAGGAUAGAGCUCCAAUGUAAAGCAGAAGCUGAGAGAGAGGCCAACAGGCAACAACUGCUCAAGUACACACAAUUCACGUUUGAGGAACUCCGAGACAUCACAGACAACUUUUCUGAGAACAACAAAAUAGGAGAGGGAUCAUACGGUCACGUCUACAAAGGCACUCUCCACAGGACCAACGUAGCAGUCAAGGUUCUAAGACAUGAUAGUUGGCAAGGACCACAAGAGUUCGAACAAGAGGUGGAAGUGCUGAGCCGACUACACCAUCCUCACAUCGUUCUACUGCUAGGCGGAAAUCCGGAAAAGAAAUGCCUUGUCUACGAGUACCUGGAAAACGGGAGCUUGGAAGAUCGACUGUUCUGCAAGGACGACUCGCCGCCAAUCUCAUGCCUCACGAGGUACCAGAUUGCGGUGGAAGUCGGCACAGCGCUCCUCUUCCUCCACAAGGCAAAGCCACAGCCGAUCGUGCUCCGGGACCUCAAGCCUUCCAACAUCCUGCUAGACAAAAACUACAACAGUAAGAUCAGCGACGUUGGGUUGGCAAGAUUCAUGCCAGGCGACGCGACAAGCGUGAGGAGCACAUCACCUCUCGACACUAGCGCUGGAGAGUGGCCGCUGGCAGCCGCGACGCAGCUGGCUUGCAUUGGUCUAAACUGCGCCGAGUGCCAGAGGAAGAACAGGCCGGAGCUGGAAAACGUGUUGCAGAUGCUCGAGACGAUGAAUCAUCUGUUUCGCAGCGAGGAGCGACCGAAAUCCGCGGCUCCAACGCUCUUCCUGUGCCCGAUUCUCCAGGAGGUGAUGGAAUACCCUGUGAUCGCGUCGGACGGAUACACGUACGAGUAUGACGCGAUCAUUCGCUGGCUCCAGAAGAGCGAUGCGUCGCCGAUGACGAACUUGCGGCUGGAGAACAAGAACUUGACACCGAAUCGCGUCGUGAGGUCGGCGAUCUGCGAGUGGAGAGCGCCAAAACUACCCUAGGAUCAUAGAACCCUAAUCUACCUGGAUUCACGCGCAUUUCUUGAAUUUCUUGCAUCCCUCGUGUGAUCGAUCUACAAAAAGAUAAAUCAUACGUGGAAAACA